ACGCUGCAAUAGCCUCCAUUGAGGAUCCUCCUCUCGAUUUCUCUCUCGGCAUUCAACAAAAACAGAGCAUCCCUGACUUACCCAAAAUGCCAGCCCACCCCACAAACACGCAAAGAACCAAGAUAGCACCUUCCGUUUCAUCUUCUGCAUAAAUCUCUGUAUGUCAUUUCAGGGCUGCAGCUCAAAAGAGGGGGGAGGAAGAAGAAAGGUGGGUGCAGAGGAAAUGGUGCAUUAUCAGCGGCCCCAUCAGUGGAGGAAAGGGGAAGAAGCUAUUGGAGAAGAUGAGUCACAGACCAGCCCUGGUUAUUGCAAGAGAACAACUAGACCUAAGCUUCUUUCUCUCCUUCUCUUUUCUCUUCUCUGCUGCUUCUGCUUGAUCUUGGGUCCCCAGCUGUUCAGAUAUUCCUCCACUCUCUCCCUCUUAUAUGCAUUUGGGGUUGAUGGUGAAGCCAUGGUUGCUAAAACGUAUGCAAGUGCUUCCCCCUGUUCCUCAAUCUCUGACGGAACUAUCUGUUGCGACAGAAGCAGUAUGCGGUCAGAUAUAUGUUUCAUGAAAGGGGAUGUGAGAACACACUCUGCUUCCUUUUCAAUCUUCCUUUACAGCUCAAAAAAUACCAAUGGUUUCCUCAAUAAUGUUACGGGCAUAGCCCGAGAAGGGGAAGAAGUGGGAGUCCAGCAUGAAAAGAUCAAACCCUACACCCGGAAAUGGGAAACCAGUGUCAUGGACAAAAUUGAUGAAUUAGACCUCGUUUCGGUAAAAGAGAAUUUGGGCACUCGCCGUCGAUGUGAUGUUCAGCAUGAUGUUCCAGCAGUGUUCUUCUCGACUGGAGGCUAUACCGGUAACGUGUAUCAUGAAUUCAAUGACGGAAUCAUUCCUCUCUACAUUACUUCUCAGCAUAUGAGCAAAAAUGUUGUGUUUGUUAUUCUUGAUUAUCACAAGUGGUGGAUUACUAAGUAUGGUGAUAUCCUUUCGCUUUUUUCGAAUUAUCCGGCAAUAGAUUUUGAGGGUGACCAGAGAAUCCAUUGUUUCCCAGAAGCCAUUGUUGGUCUAAGAAUCCAUGAUGAGCUCGCUGUGGAUUCUUCAUUGAUGGAGGGGAAUAAGAGUAUUAGAGAUUUUCGAAACCUACUAGAUCGAGCUUACUGGCCUCGAAUCAGAGGUUUAAUCCGAGAUGAGGAACGAAAAGCACAAUUGAAAUUGAAAGAGAUUUCUUUAUCCCCUUCAUCAAACUUCUCAUUAGAAACUGAGAAAGUAGUCCAAGAUGAGGUUCCGAUGAAACCAAAACUGGUUAUAUUAUCUCGAAACGGGUCGAGAGCAAUGGUUAACGAGGAUUCAAUGGUGAAAAUGGCAGAGGAAAUUGGGUUUCGGGUUGAAAUUUUGAGGCCUGAUCAGACAACAGAACUGGCAAAGAUUUACCGGGCACUAAAUUCAAGUGAUGUUAUGAUUGGAGUCCAUGGUGCUGCUAUGACUCAUUUUCUGUUUCUAAAGCCUGGUUCUGUGUUCAUCCAAGUAGUUCCCCUGGGAACUGAAUGGGCAGCGGAGACUUGUUAUGGGGAACCUGCUGUGAAGCUUGGGUUGAAGUACAGUGGCUACAAAAUCCUGCCAAAGGAAAGCUCAUUGUACAAUGAAUACAAUAAGAGUGAUCCUGUGCUGAAAGACCCACGGAGUGUGGCAAACAAGGGGUGGCAAUUCACUAAGAAGAUUUAUCUUGAUCACCAAAAUGUGAUAUUGGAUCUAAGAAGAUUUCAGAAGCGGUUGGUCCGCGCCUAUGAAUACUCCAUCUCUAGAAAGAAACAGAAUUUCCAUCUUCAUUCGUCAUCACAAUCAUUCUCCUGAGAUUUUUACCUAAAUUUUGACUAUUAUUUGUUAGAAGUUAAAGGUAAUUUUGGUAUUAUGGGAGAUGUGACCUUAAGAAUAGUUAUGGAACGAAAUGAAGGGGAAUAAUCUUCUAGAAUAAAAAACCCUAAAACUUUCUCUAAAA